AUGAAUGUUCAAAUCAAUUAUUUACAUUAAAGAGCAUAAACAGAAACAAAAUCUUAAGGGUUAACACAAUCAUUUGAAAAUCUUGAUUCAAGUAGUUUGAAAGAAGACUUAAAUAAAAGCAUUGAAUUGGGACGUAAAAAGAGGAAACAGUUGACAUUUGAAAAUCCUGAAUUUUAGAUAAAGCAAGAUAUUGAGGAUGAAAAAUAAAAUAUUAAGGUGCAAACUCUAAUUAGGAGAGGAUUAGCUGAUGCUUUGAAAAUAUAAGAUUUAUGUAAGAUAAUAAUGUAAGUUAAUUAGUAAAGUUGAAGAUUACAGCAAAAGACACUAAUAACCCAAUUCAAAGUUUAUUUCGAUGGUUUAUGCUUAUAUUAUAUAAGGAGAAUCCUGAAUUGUAUAAUUGGACAGAGUUUAGAGUAAGAAGAUUUAUAUUGAUUUGUUUAGAAACAAGUUCUUGAAAAGAAUAAUGGUUAAGAUCUUCGUAAUCGUUUAGGAUAUUAAAGUGUUAUUCAUAUAACUGCAAUUGAAGGAGAGAAAACAAGAUAUUUAUUAAAUUUAAGGAAAAAAAUUAUAGAAUAAAAUAGUAAGCCUGAAGAGGUUUAAUAUGUACUUGUGAAAAUAUUUGAUAUUAUAGAAAUAGUUUAUAAGAUACAUGAACAUGCAAGAAAAAUAAACCAACUCGUUGAUGAUUUGUUAAAGGUAUUGAAUUUGUUAAUUAAUAUCUUUAGCAAGAGAAUAUAAUCAAGCAAUACAUAAAUGAAAUUGAGAAGGUAAAUUAAAAUAUUCAGGAGGCAAAGUCUAACCUGAAAAAAAUUGGUAAGCAAGUCUUUGAAUGA